AUGACCUUCGAAGCGAUUUGCGCCGAACAGGUAGCGGCACUCCAAACGCGCUCCGUUGAACUUUCUUGUGUAUCACUAGGAGGAAGUGUGCGUGCAUUCUCUGAUGAAUGGUUUGCCGAUGCUGCGAACUUAAUUAAGCCUGGUCCGGCCGUUUCUUUGAAAGGCCAAUUCGGUCCCAAGGGCGCAUUGUAUGACGGAUGGGAGACGCGCAGACACAAUCCUGACUAUGAUUGGGUUAUCAUUCGUCUUGCUCCUGCAGGCGGCGGCAAGAUUUCGGGAUUCGACAUUGACACGACCACGUUCAAUGGCAACGAGGCGCCGGCCUUUGAAAUCUAUGGCCUGUGGAGCGAGCAGCCGGACGUCGAGGAGAAUAGCGACCAGUGGGUGAUGCUCAUGGAAACGACGUCUUGUGGCCCGGCGGCACAUCACUGGUUCCAGCACAUGGACGGUGGUUUGACAGAGUCGAGCUUCACACAUGUGAAACUGCACAUGAUCCCUGAUGGCGGUAUCUCCCGCUUCCGCGUGUAUGGUCAAGUGGACUUGCCUCUUGUGGGUACGGGUCUGAGCGAAGUAGCGGUGCCUGAGCAUCCGGAACUCAACACCCUCGACUUGGCUCACAUGCUGAAUGGGGCACGCGUAGUUUUGUAUGUGAUGAUGUGGUACUGA